AGAGUGAAGGUGAAACAAGAGUGGUUCAACCAUAGUCGGUUCAGUUUGUGUAUUGAUAUCCACUUGACACACUGAAAUGUAAAAAAAUUGUUCUGGAGGUCUGAGAAAAAAUUGCAUUGACCGCAAAAAUUGGUGGGAGUAAUAUAUUUGCGUCGAUAUAAAUGAUUUAACUUCAGGCAGCACCGGUUUCGAUGUUGAUUCGGAAUUAAAUACAUUCGUCGCUGUUUAAUUUUUAUAAUGUUAAUCUACCUCUUGAUUUUUGGUGUGUGUGUGGGAGUGAUGCUGUCCCAUCCAGCUUUACUGUCUGAUGACGAAGAUGCAGAAAUAUUGGCCUAUAACAACAAACUGGUUAGAAAUAAGACUCAGGAAGAAAUGCAAGAAGAAACUCUGAAAGAAUUUUGGAACAAGAACGCAGCAAUGUUUGUGAGAGACAAACUUUUCAGAAAGAACAAUGAAAAUACAGCUAAGAAUGUUAUAUUAUUCCUUGGUGACGGAAUGUCAAUCCCAACUAUAGCUGCUACAAGAGUUUAUAUAGGAGGAGAAGAAAAACAGCUUUCCUUUGAAAAAUUCCCAUACACAGGACUAUCUAAG